UUGCUUGAUGUGGGUUAGGUAUUGGUCAGCCUGGACGCCGGUCAAGAAGAGUCCCCACCCUCCUGUGUAGGUUGACCCACAGCUGUUCAUCUGGCUGUCGAGGCUGACAGGAUCCGUGGUUGUCUCUGUCCUGGAGGCUACGUGACGCCCUUCCUGGGAGCCCAUAGCCAGUGUCCUCUGGGGAGGAGCGGAGCCAACCUCACGCCUGAUUGACCAUGACGUCUAUAAAGGAGCAGGCAGCAAUCAGCCGGCUCUUGAGCUUUUUACAGGAUUGGGACAAUGCUGGGAAAGCCGCAAGGAGUCACAUCCUUGACAAUUUCAUUGAAAGCAACCAAGGCAAGACUGCCUCUGAGCUGGAGCAGGAGUUUUCCCAGGGAGCCAGCUUGUUCCUGGUACGCUUGACCACCUGGCUUAGACUCACCUAUAUGACCGGCUCAAGCUUAGAGAAGGUUUUAAGGUCCAUUGGCAUCUUCUUAACAUCUGUAAACAGUAACCGGUACCUUAUAGAAUUUCUUGAGGUUGGAGGCGCCCUAACACUCCUGGAAACACUGGGGAUGGAGAAGAUCAAAGAGGAGGACAAGAAGGAAUCCAUCAAGCUACUUCAGGUUAUUGCAAACUCUGGCAGGAAGUACAAGGAGCUCAUUUGUGAAAGCUAUGGUGUACGAUCCAUAGCAGAAUUUUUGGCAAAGUCUAAGUCAGAAGAGACCCAGGAGGAAGUGCAGGUUCUGCUGGAUUCUUUGCUCCAUGGUAAUCCCAAGUACCAGAAUCAAGUGUACAAAGGUCUGAUAACGUUACUGCCCUCCGUGUCCCCGAAAGCUCAGCAGCUGGCCCUGCAGACGCUCCGGAGUGCCCAGUCGAUCAUCGGAGCCACACACCCCAGCAUCGUGGACUGCGUGCUGAACGUGCUGCGCACGAUGCACCUGGAAGUCCAGUAUGAAGCCAUCGAGCUGAUCAAGGACCUGGUCAACUACGACGACGUGUACGAGGCGCUGCUCAUCGGCCUCGUGGACCUGUUGACCCCACCCAUCCCGGAGACCAGCGAACUGCAGCCCAAGAUCCUGAGCGACUCUACGGUCCUGCAGCUCACCAGCCCCCACCAGCCCGCCGCCCACCUGCCCUCACGCCGCUGCCCGUCGGUGCAGUACUUCGUGCGGAUCUUCCCGGUGGUGGAGGAGCACGUGCAGAAGUGCAUGGGACAGGAGCUCUACAAGCUCUUCCGCAGCAACGCAGAGGACUUGCACAUGAAAAUAGACAGCGUUCAGGUGGACAUCUUGGCAACCAACAAAGUCAAUGUGUCCAGAGGUGCGUGGGGAGCGAGGGACCCUGGAUGGAGCACGGGUGCAGCCAGCACCGGACUCAGGCUCGCCUCCUGCUUCCAGAACUGUACCUGCGCGGCCAGGUCUACAGCAACAGGAGCUGUUACUUCUGCCCUCGGGAUCGGCAGCGGCUGCCUGACUGCACUCACUUCCUGGAGGAUGUGGACGGAAAGGAGUGACAGGGCCCCUGAGGCAGCCAGGAGGGCCAAGGCGGAGAGGCGGGCGAGGGAGCCUGGGUCCCCUCAGGGCGACUCCACUUGGCUCCGGGUGCGGGGGCGGGGGAGAGCUGCUGGCUGGGAAGAGUUCAAUAAACAGCCUUGCUGUCGAUCUGUUCUCUGUGUGUGUGGAUGCGGAGGGAGAUUCAAUGAGAGCAGGGCCCUUGGUGAGCUAAUCCCGUUACCUCUGAACUGUCUCCUACUUCUCUUUCCCCCUCACAGGCUCCAGACACACUCGCUGUGUGUUUCUUAACGAGCUCUUGCCUUGGGACCUCUGUGCUGGCUUUUCUGAUGAACAGGGAGAGAGGUUCUGUUCUCAGACCCUCUCCGCCCAGAUCUCUAGCUGCAUGACCAACGCCCUCAUCUCUUUUCAACUCACACAAAAUCACCUAUUCCUUUUUGUUUAAUUGACUUGAGAGAAACCCUGAUUUGUUGUUCCAUUUACUUAUGCAUUCAUUGGUUGAUUCUU